ACAAAACCGGAUAACCUGUAGCCCCAGACGCAAAGGCAAGGGGUUCGUUCCAAUCUUCUCAUCCUGCGCACACGACAUCCCCACGAUGCUCGCACGACGCCAAUGAAUGUUCUCGACCCAUUCAACCUCCGCCGCUCCCCCGCCUUUGCCAUCCUCAGAGGAGCAACCGCACAAACCGCCGCGAACAUCACACGCCGCGCCAUAGCAGCCAGCGCGACCGCAUCACUUCUUCAAUCGGGCAGGCGCAUCGCAGAGGACAUGGCGUUCUCGAUACCCAAAAAUGUGCCGGCGUUUACGGACCCCCAGAGGGAAUUGGAGAAUAGGGCUUGGGGCUCGUCAGGGGUGACGGCUAGGUCGUCGGCUGCGGGCCAGGGAAGCGGAAUGCAGGAUCGUCUUGGAGGCUACUUUGAGAGGAAUAAGGAUUACUUUGAUCAGGGAAGGCAGCUGCCGCUCUACAAGGAUAAGCCGUACUCGUCGUCGCGCAGGCGGCGGCCGCUGUGGAAAUACAAGCGAGCUUUUGCCCUUAUGGGACUGUUUGUCAUGUUUGUACUAUACCUAUUUGGCGUCUGGGGGAACGAUGAGGAGAAGAAGACAGUGAAGAAGAAGGGCAAGGAAGGGUGGGGAUGGCUGCAGAGCGCGGACAAGAAGGUGGAUUGGCCGGAGAGACAGCAGAGGGUGGUGGAGGCGUUCACGCUGAGCUGGGACGCGUAUGAGCGGUAUGCGUGGGGCUAUGACGAGUUCCACCCCGUGUCGAAGAAGGGGAAGCAGAUGACGCCGAAUGGAAUGGGGUGGAUUAUUGUGGAUGCGUUGGAUACGCUGAUGCUGAUGAAUUUGACGAGUCGGUUGACGACGGCGAGGAAGUGGAUUGGCACGAAGCUGGAUUAUGAUCAGGAUCAGGAGGUUAAUACUUUUGAGACGACGAUACGCAUGAUUGGUGGGUUGCUGUCGGCGCACUACUUGUCGACGGAGUUUCCAGAGAUGGCGCCCAUCUCGGACGAUGACCCGGGGACUCCUGGGGAGGACCUUUACCUCGAGAAGGCGAAGGACUUGGCGGAUAGGGUCAUCGGGGCCUUCGAAUCCGAUUCUGGCGUCCCCUACGCUAGCGUCAACCUAAAAACCAUGAAGGGCGUCCCUUCACACGCCGACGGCGGCGCCUCCUCCACCGCCGAAGCCGCCACGCUACAGCUCGAAUUCAAGUACCUCUCCAAGCUCACCGGCGAGACAUUCUACUGGGAGAAAGCUGAGAAGGUAAUACAAGUAAUCGACGACAACGGCAUGGAGGACGGCCUCGUCCCCAUCUUCCUGUACGCGCCCACGGGCGAGUUCCGCGGCGACAACAUCCGUCUCGGCAGCCGUGGCGACUCCUACUACGAGUACCUCAUCAAGCAGUACCUCCAAACCUCCAAGCAGGAGCCCGUCUACGAGGAGAUGUGGGACCAGGCCAUCGCAGGCGUCCGCAAGCAUCUCAUCACGUACUCCACGCCCUCUCAGUUCACCGUCCUCGGCGAGCGCCAGAACGGGCUUAAGGGCGCGCUGACGGGGAAGAUGGAUCACCUGCUGUGUUUCCUCCCCGGGACCAUCGCGCUAGGAGCCACGGGCGGGAUUUCGGAAGCGGAAGCUCGUCGUGCGGGAUCCUGGGGCGCGAAGCAGGAUGAGGAUAUGAAGUUGGCGCGCGAGCUGAUGCAUACGUGCUGGGGCAUGUACCAGGUGAUGGCUACUGGGUUAGCAGCUGAGAUUACGCAUUUCAACCUCGAUUCGCCGCCCUUGCCUGCGUCGGCGCCGCACAAGGCACCGAAGACGUUUGAUCCGGCGCCGGAGGCGGAGUGGCGCAAGGACUUUGUGGUGAAGCCGAAUGAUCGGCAUAAUCUGCAGCGACCGGAGACGGUCGAGAGUCUGUUCUACAUGUGGCGCAUUACGGGGGAUGAGAUGUAUAGGGAGUGGGGGUGGGAAAUGUUCAAGUCGUUUAUGAAUCAUACGGCUGUGGAGCUGGGGGGAGGGUUUACGUCGUUGAGGAACGCGGAUGUGGUGCCGCCCGAGAUGGCGGAUAAUAUGGAGAGUUUCUGGCUGGCUGAGACCCUGAAAUACUUCUAUCUCCUCUUCGGACCCAACGACGUGUGGCCACUCGACAAGAUCGUCAUCAACACGGAGGCGCACGCGUUCCCGCGCUUCCAGAUGGGGAAGCUGUUCAAGACGGGGUGGCAGCGGAAGCCGAGGGGGAAGGAUGGGAAUAUUGUGAGGGAUGCUGUGGUGGAGGCGGCGGCGUCGAAGGGGGCGUAGGGGGGAGAAAAGUAUUUGUAGGGUGUAGUAUAUAGGAUAAUAUUGAUG